AUGUAUCGAGAGGAGUUUUGUCUUUUUAUCAAAUUUGAAACUAAGAAUUUGAUGGAAAAUGCGUUGAAGAAACUAGGGCAGUCUGUGGCUUUUAUUUAUGCUGAUAAUACAAAUGUUAAGGUGGAUGUUACUGAAGCAAACGGAUCAAUUAAAUAUGUCCGGGUAUUAGGUUUACCUCCAGAGGUGGACGACAAACAGCUUACGGCAGUAUUUUCACAGUAUGGAGAUAUUAAGCAGAUAGUGCGAGAGCGUUACCCGGCGGAGCUUGGGUUUCCAAUCUGGAAUGGUGUCCGUGGUUUGCACAUUGAACUGCGUGGCGAAAUUCCGACCCAAGUAUUUGUACAGAGUUUUAAAUCCAGGGUUUACUACGAAGGAAUGGUAAACAAAUGUUUCACAUGUGGAUCAAAAGAACAUUUGAAGGUUAAUUGUCCAGCCCGGAAUACGAUGAAUAGAAGACUGGGGUCAUACGCUCAUCCGACAACAAGUGACAGAGCUGGAAUAUUGCACCAACAAACAGUCGAGAAGCCAGAAGACAAGACAUCAUUCCCAGAAUUGACAGAAUCUACGGAAAACAAACAAGAACUUGGAGGAAGUGGAACUAAACAUCAGCUCACACGUACCGAACCCUUGAAGCCGACAGGUAAACCAAAACGAAAUCGAGUGGCUAAAACCGAAUCAGAAAGCUCGGAAGAAGGAAAAGCAAAAAAAAUCCAUGGUGGUGCCGGAAACUACAUCUUUAAUAAGGCUGCAAGAGAGACGAUCGCGCUCGUUGACAAUGAAGAAAACCAGGAGCAACAGCAGCAAGAGCGACAGCAGCAACAGCAGCAACAACAACACCAACAGCAUUGGUGUCUGCAAGAAUAG